CCUUCGCAUCACUUGCUCUCUUCUGGCAGCUCCACCACAUUCGAUGACCUUUAUCCGGCCCAUGGUGCUUGUUUUUAGGACACCGAAUCCAAAACAAAGGUGACUCCUCCGGCAAAUACGUAAAUUAGUUCAUAACAAUGACCAAAUAAAUGUAAUUUAAUGCAUUUACACGUGAAGUAAUUCUCGCUUGAUGAUUGUUCAAGAAACUAUUCUUACGAGCUGUGCGAAGUUGUUUUGGAUGUAGACCCCAAUCUCCACGGUAUCUAGUAUUGGCCUCCCUAGUUCCAGCCUCCUCAUGGCGGGGUUCAAUCUGCAUGCGUGACUGCCGUGAACCGCACGCACUGUUCACGUGCCUACAGGACUCUGUUCCCUGUUCCUGGACAAGCUCCAAAUCAAUGGCAAACACACAGUGCAGUUUGAGGAGUCUAGAAUAUGAAGGAGAUUUCAAAUCAGGGGAAUCGCGUGCAGUCUCUGAGAAUUCUUCGGCAUUCUAGUGACGUUCAUUUAAAGAAAUUAACCAAACAUUUACAGUUCUUCAUUAAUCAUAUUUGUUAUGUGUGCCUUUAAGUUUAUUUUAUUUAUUCAGGAGCCUGUUUUGUGUUUGUUUUUUUUCUAACCUCCUGUCUAAAAUUUCCAAAAUCGUUUGAACUAUAAAUUGAAAAAUUAAAAAGGUCCUAUUUCCGGUUAAAACUUCCCUGCGCGCCCAAUGAACUGUACAGUAUAUUCAUUUCCGGUCUAUAUAUUCCACACCGUGACGAAUUUUAUAGUUGACUGUGAUGGUAUGUGACUGGUCCGUACGUUUAAGGCCAUUUGACAAAAUAUGAUAACUUCCCCGUUGUUAAAACAAAUGUUGACCUCAACUGCCGUUCUUGUUUCCUUGUUUGUAGUCAUUCGGUGACUAACCGUCAAAAAUGUGGUUUCCGCCCGAAGAUGGCGCAGAAUUAUAUGAUUUUGAGCUCGAGCCUGGAGGUCGCUCAGAUGAAUGGGGAUACAUUGACGAAAGGGAUGAGCUGAGACGAUUGAUUCUGUAUUUGGUACUCGAGAAGAAUUCUUUGCUCGUUAAACUACGCGGUUUGAGCGCUUUGCGCGAGGUUUUACAAAGCCAUAACACAAAGCGGGAACACGAACAGACAAAUUUCUACGAAUGCAUUGGUAGCGGUAAGUUGGGGGCGGAAAAUUCUCAAGAGCUGACUCUCAGCACGGGCGCUUGUGCUCAAAUGCAGACACGACAAACCCAAAGGGCUGAAAAAUUGCAAAAGGAUGAAGGGCCGGUCUCUUUAAAGGAUGAUAAGAAGCAAGACGUUUGCACAUACACAGACAGCUUCAAGAAUACAGAUUUGAUCAGAAACUUACAGCAAGCUAAUAAAGAACUCCGGGGGCAAAUCAGGCUGCUUCAAGAAGUCACUUGUGAUUCCGAAGCAAACAUCAAUUGCUGUGAAAGGUGCUCAAGCUAUCUCAAAUCUCAGCUAGUACGUUACAUUUUCAGGACAAGGAAACUAGAAAGGGCUCUCAAAAUCAAAGAUGUGUUAUGUUCUUCGCUCACUGAGAAACUAGAUGUUAUGAGGGAAGAAAAGACUUCGAGAACAACGGAUUAUGCGUCGAGAAACAUGAAUAACAACAGAGUCAGUAGUAAUAACUGCUCACAGCUGGGAGAGGAAUGUAACGGUUACAGCUGUGGUGCUAAUGAACCAGAUUCGACACGAGAGCAAAUAAGAAGUGCUCAAAAUGAAGGAAACAAGGAGAAAAUGGACAAGACGGUGGGGAGUGGCAGUGUUAUUUGUUCAAACGAAGGGCGUGUUCUGAAGACGAAACUCGAGAAUGUGGAGAAAGAAUGCAAUCAGAUGAAAGAUGAACUGAACAAAGCUUGUACAGAAAAAUCACAGCUAGAAAAGCGCUUGAGGGAUUUGCAGGACAGUCACGACAAAGAAGAGAACGCUCUUCGAGUCCAAAUCAAUAAAUUACAGCAGGAAAAAAGGCAGCUUCAAGACACCCUUGCACAGUACCAGACAAACGAACAAAAACAAAAACAAGAGUUUGACCAAGUGCUGUACCGCGCUCAGGAGAUGCAGGAAAUGCUGGAGCGAGAGACACAAGAAAAGUUCGCUUCCAUGGCUGAACAAAAAUCUUUGAGACACCAGGUCGAAAACCUGUCCAAGAACAUGAAAUCUUUACAAGUUAAAAGUGAAGAAUAUGUCCGAUACCAUUGUGAUCAAGAAGACCAGAUUGACGACUUCAAGAGAUUGAAGAAACUUAUUCACGAGAAUGGCUUGCCAAGCAUCGAGCAGCUAAUUGCACUGCAGAGACAGAAUGAAUCAUACCGUGAAGAAUUUCUGAACGAACGGAAAGAGAAGGAACGUGUGCUAUCAUUAAAAGACAAACUGAAGCGAGACCUGGAGAACGCUCAGUCUCGUAUCUCUUCUCUUCAAGAGCAGGUCUACAAGUAUCGCGAACACAUCUUCUUUCUGCAGCAGAAGUUCAAGCAAGAGGGAGGCACUCAGCCCAGCUCCCCGAUGUUAGACAUGCCGUCGGCACCCGCCCAGGGACACAAUCUCAGCAGACUGUAUGGUAGCACUGCCACUCAGUACAUCAAUGAGAUGCUUCUGCAGGGGAACGCCCAGCCAAAAUUUCCUGGUUCGCCUCUUCCUGACGGGAAAAAGCCUGGUUCGGGAAAACAUGGUGACGGAAGUGGCAAACCGUGGCAGUACCAACAGGGAAGUUAUGGUCGCUAUGGGCGUCAGAUGUCCGCGGAGGACUGGAAACAAAGAGCUCCAAACCAAGGUCAAGCCUGGGACAACUUUUACGGUUCGAACCAGUCUCCUGGUAGGCCCUCCUCGGCCAGCAGUCUGUCGUCUGUGCGUUCGGGUUCCAGUUCUUCAGAAGAGGUUCCGGUGGAAGGUCAGACGGACGGUAGAGCACCCUUUGGUAUGGGUGGGAUAGGUGGCCGACGACAAGGCCCUCGACCCUCGGCGUUACCCGAUAAAGCUGUAGAGGAGUCACGUGGGAUGCAACAAAGUUACGGACCCCCGUCUUCACCUUUCGAGCCAUGGUCCCCAAAGCCUCAAGGUUUUGCAAUGAGAGGCCAGCGGCGCUACUCAUCUCCGACUGGCAGCGGCGUCCGUUCACCAACUACUGACUAUUGGCCGACUCAACAGCCUAUGGGAGGCUUUCAGCGGUCUUGGCAAUCCCCUGCAGAGCAGGCGCAGUAUCCUGACACUACCCAGGUCGCCAUGUCGUCUGGGCUGAGGCCAACCGCAGAGCCCUGGCCAAAAGCGGCUACUUCAGUUCCAGGCAGCAGCCACGCGCAGUCGACCUUGGCUACGAGUGGUCAGGGGGACACGAUGACGUUUAUGUCUGGUGGGACUGGCAUGCGUUAAGAUGGUUUCAGUGAGGCAAUAAUCGUUUUCAGAUGCCGUGAAAUUUAAAGAUAAUGGCUGAUAUUCCGUAUGGGGGUGGGUUGGGUUGAGGGGGUUUGUUGAUAACUACUAUUUACCUCAGAGAUUUCGGGCUUACUUUUAUAAAGAAGAGUUCUACUUUUGUGGAGGGAGCCUAUUAUCAAAAUUUAACGGCAUUUGUGGUCGUAGCACUGUGUACAUGUAGAUAUAACAAACCUUUAGAUAGAAUGACUGCGAAAGAGUGUGAAGAAGACUUUCGAUUUUCGAGAAAGCAUGAUUUCACACUGGUGGACCACUUCUGUGUUGUCUUUUUCCUCUGUGUCAAAACUAGUCUUCUUUGUUAACUAUUCAGAUUAAAAUGUGUUUCACCUGAAUUUUCAUUUUCGUGCAAAUUGAGAAACGUUUUGCACGAGAACUCGUUUUGAAACAGAGGUAAAAGACUGCUUGGAAAUUGCCUAAGCAGGCGUGUAGGGACAACAUGUCAAGCUUUGGCGGGUUUGCAUUAUUACUGAAGGUGUGAAUGCGGACAUGCUUCCAGAAGGGAACUACAAAGGUGUGAUUGUCCAUGUUAUAGGAUAAUCAGAUACGAUACUAAAACCAACGUACUUUUAUGAGAAUAUUGUACUCUGGGAUAUAUAAACGGCGGUUUAUUGUCCAGUUAGUCAAAGGAAAGAGUAUAAGUGUAAUUUUGCUCUAUUCUAAAAUUGUUUGUUUUCGUGUUAAUUUGUGUGAAAUUUGGUUUGUUUUUUUGUUUUUGCCAACAGAUGUGUUUAGUUUAAGACAGUGUGCCACUGUAGACUGUAGUACACGUGUUCAUGAGCCAAGUUUUUCCUUUGCGAUAUCAGAAAAGGAUGUCUUUUAUUCAAAUUUAAAUAAGGGAAAAAUCAAAGUUACAAAAUAGAGAUUAUCCUUUUAGUUAGUCUAUCCUUGAUCGGAUUUUAAAGGAAUCCUGACCUUUUAGAUCAAUUUUUUCGUAUUUUCUAAAUUGGUGGAAAAAUAAUGGGACAGAAAGUUUGUCGGAAAACACUGAAUAGCGCAAGCGAAAAAGUUGGGAGCUCGCCACCAUUUGGAUUCUGUGGUGUCAGCGAUAUGGCUGAACGUUUUUCGUAUAUUCUGGUUAAAGAGGUGACAUGACUCAAAAUGCCAGAGCGCGAGAAAUUUUAAGGCCAAAAUGACUGAUCUUCCUCUAUGUUCUUUAUUUCAACAAAGUUUGAACUGAGGCGAGUGUUUCCACCAUUUGAAAGCGACUUAUUCCAAUUGUAGAGGUUUCCGCCAGCGUUGUAUCUGUUGAAACGUUUUUCAUUGGGUAACGAUUGACUCAUUACCCCAGAAAACGUGGAACAAUUUCAGCGCUGCUUGUAAAUAAACGAAAUAUGCAUGGUUGUCAAAACGAUGUGAUACUAUUUAGUCUACCUUCUAAUGAAUUUGUAAGAAAUUGCUGAUAAUUUAAACGAAAAUGAUAUUUACGUGCAAUAUUUGGUGAGAAGAAUUUCAUAUUCAUAUAUCGUCAUUCCACGAAGAGAUUUAUUUUUUUGUUUAAGCAUAGUGGUAUCUUAUUUAUCGUACGGAUGAAAACUCAAACUAUUUGUUGAAUUAUCUUUGGAAGUAUAAGAGAAGUUAAAAAAAAAUAGAGUAACACAUAUUUAACAAGAUGAAAUUAGUAUAACAUAACAAAUUUUGUAGAUAGGUGAGAAAGCCUUUUUGUGCAAUUCAAUGAGAAAGUUUUGACAGUUUUGUAUUAUUUUAUGUAAGGAUAUAUUGCCAAAAGCUUAAUUGGUUUUGGACGCCUAUUGUUGAACAGCAGCUUGAGAUGCUUGUAAUGGGAAUCCUGGUCGACAUAUUUACUUUUUCGAUGGUAUAGUUUGGUUGACCACGAGAAGCGUGUGUUGCAGAAUUAAUUGUAAAUAACGCUUGUUGCGAAUUUAUUGCAAAUAGGCUUUUUAUGUUAAGGAAUUUGUUUGAAGCUACCUUUUAUAAUAAAAAGACAAAACAAAAAAAGAACGAAAGCAAACAAGAAAAGUAUUCACAAAAAAAAAUAAGGAUAAUAAUUACAAUAAUGUAAAAGUAAAACUCUGAAGCUUAGCGUGAAAGAACAGUAGGAGUUAGUAUCAAAUGCAACGGUCAGUUCAAAGCCAUUUUCUUCAGUUGGAUUUCAACUGAUUUCCAUGUCUAUUUUGCGUUAAGGAUGUCUACUCAACGAACUGUUUUUGUGUCUUACAUUUGGGUUCUAACACUAUGACAAAACGAUUCUAAUUCAGUUCGUUGCAGACAGUGAAGAAAGCAUUACUGAAGAACAAUUCAACAACAGCAGCAACUACAACCAACAAACAGUGACAAUAAACGUGCAGAUUAGUACAACAACGAUAAAGCUAGGUUUGGAGUUAUUUCAAAGUUGCGUGACUUACAUUUUUUUUGAUUUGAAUUGUUCUUCCUUCUUAUUGGCCUUUUUUUAUAUAGUCGAUGUUGUUAAGGCGCUCGUGGGACAAGUUGACGAGGCUUGGUCACAGUAUUUUAGGUAAUUCUGUUCAUUUUUGUUAACAAUUAUUCUAAUCUUCAACUAGCUAAGCAGCAAUCUUUGAGAAGCCCAAUCCCGGCCACCCAUCUAAGAACAAUUUCCGAGCAUUAUAAAAAAAAAAACACUUUUAUACAAAUUGACUUAAACUUGAUUAAAGUCAGGCCGGAACUUUUCAAGCUUACCCUAACUGUAGUUUGUUUUGAACUCCUCGAAUUUUGCCCACCGUGCCCCUUUUUGGCCUUUUGAGUUUUUUCUUUUUUUUGAUCUUUUUCUUUUUUUUUUUCUUUUUUUUUUUUUUUUUACAAAAAGACUAAAGUUGGGUGAGCUAGCCUCUUUAAAUAACUGCAUUUAGGUUAAGUGCAACUUUUUUCCGCAUCCCUAGCAAGGAGUUAAGACAUGCUUGAUUAGAGUAGCGGAAGAAAUACAUUGGCGUAAGCUUAGAAUACCCUAACGUAAUGAACAAGGCUAUAGAAUAGUAGUUAUUUUUACAAAAGAAAUGUUAGUGUGUGACGAGAUUAUCGAAUAUUUAGACUUAGUAUUUAGUAUUUAAAGGAGGUGAAUUUUGUAACAGUUUUGGCUGAAUUGCUUCACUUCAGAUUCAUGCAGUUGCCAAACUGCCCAUUAUAGUCCCUGUUUGCUAAUUUUGUGGUAAGAAGCAGUAAUUGUAGUGUGUAGAUACGUAUAUUUAGAAGCUAUUGAAUAGCUCUUUAGGGUAUUUAAGUUUUGUAGAGAUACCUGCAUGACUGCCGUGAAUGACCGGAAAAAUAUUUCACUUAACAAUAUUUAGAUGAAAUCGUUGCUCGCUAUUUGAUAAAUUGAAAUUGAAUCAGAGAUCAAUAUAUUGCCUAAGUAAACAAGGUUUAGCACAAUAUAUGAUAUAUUAUUUAACUUUUCUAGCCACGUCACCGAACAAGUUAUGUGUAGGUGCUAAGAGUGUGAAAAGGUGUAAGCUGUAGUUUUGGGUCAGCAGUUUCUGACCACUUGUUAAGCAUGUCAUGUAAGAAGUCUGUGAUUUGUGACGUGGUCUUUUUCUUUAUAUGCUUAUAAUAAAAAUUUGAUCUAUUAAAUAUGAAAACAAGAAUGAUUUUAUGUUCAAAACGAGAAAUUUAUAAGUUUAAUUAUAACAAGAUAAAUCAGUUGUCAAUUUUCGGAAGUAAACUGUAUUAACCAAAAUGUCAGUAUUUCCCUUAGGCUGCCUCUUUAAGCAUUAAAAUCCGUUUUAAAGUUUG